AAUAAAAAAAAUUUCAAUACAAUCGCAGAACAGCAGCGCAGCGAAUAAGCAGCAGCAAAACGGGAAAAGGGAAAACAUUUUUCAUUCUCGCGAACCAUUGCAAAAGCAAGUGUCGAAUUGCUUUUCAGCAGAAAGUUUAAUCUUUUCCAAAGGCGUCGGACGGUUGAAAUCAAAUCAACGCGCAUCGAGUGAGAUGGAAAUUCGAUAGUGAAUUUGGUUCGUUUCUGGUGGAUGUAUGGACGAUGUUUCUUGGAAUACCAGCUAUUGCCACAAAAGUGACUUAAAGCGCAGUAAUAUUUAUAACAGCAACAACAACAGCAGCAGCAGCACUCAUCUGCCAUUAGCAGUAGCAAAACGUCAAUAAAAAAAGGCAAAGAAGGUGGCAGAGCACCAGCUUUUAAAGGCUGGUGAACACCCUGUUGGAACAGAUUUCCAUCAAUUAUUAUCUAAAAAUUGUUGUAUCGACACAGUAGACGAAAAACAAUGUCUAACAAAAUAAAUAAUCCCAAACGACGCGAAGUCACCGGAUCAUCUUCAUCAAAUUCCUCGAUUUCGUCGGUGGGUGCCGGGGACAAUGGCAUCUCGGCGGACCUGGCCUCGCUGUUCGAGUGCCCGGUCUGCUUCGACUACGUGCUGCCACCAAUAUUGCAAUGCCAGAGUGGACAUCUGGUGUGCACCAGUUGCCGUUCGAAGUUAACCUGUUGCCCCACUUGCCGUGGUUCGCUUGGUAAUAUUCGCAACCUAGCCAUGGAAAAGGUUGCUUCAAAUGUGAAAUUCCCCUGCAAACACUCCAACCAUGGGUGCACAGUUUCGCUGGUCUACACAGAGAAGGCCGAACAUGAAGACGCUUGUGAAUUUCGACCCUAUCUGUGCCCCUGCCCGGGCGCCUCUUGCAAAUGGCAAGGAUCUCUUGAUUACGUGAUGCCUCAUUUGAUGAUGUCCCACAAAAGCAUUACCACCUUGCAGGGUGAGGACAUCGUAUUUCUGGCCACAGAUAUCAACCUUCCGGGGGCCGUAGAUUGGGUCAUGAUGCAAUCCUGCUUCGGUCACCAUUUCAUGCUUGUUCUUGAGAAGCAGGAGAAAUACGACGGUCAUCAACAGUUUUACGCCAUCGUUCAGUUGAUCGGUUCCCGCAAGGAAGCUGAAAACUUCGCCUACCGGCUCGAGCUGAACGGAAAUCGACGCCGGCUUACCUGGGAAGCGAUGCCACGCUCCAUUCACGAAGGAGUAGCCAGUGCGAUCCUCAAUUCGGACUGCCUUGUGUUUGAUACCUCAAUCGCGCAACUUUUUGCGGAUAAUGGAAACCUUGGUAUCAACGUAACCAUUUCAGUUGUUUAAAAAGCGUUUGGUUUUUCGUUAACUUUCAUUAUUUUAAUUAAAUCUUUAAAUUAAUUUAUCACCAUGUACUCCUACAUACCCUCCUAACGUAGUAAAAAAAAAUAUAAACACGUACAUAAAAAUGUAGCGAAAAUCAUCGGAACAAAAUCGACAGAUAAAAAUCGAUAGGUGGCGAGAAGUAUUCCAGCGCAGGACAUGAAGCAUCAUCUUGAAAAUGUAGUUAUAAAACCUAAUGCAAAUUUUAUCCGUUUGCGCCAAACCAACCAGAAAUGUUUUCGUUUGCAUUGCUUGAUCGACCAUUUUAAUUCUUUGAAUUGAAAACUAAUUUGAAUUUUUCAUGAAUAAACACAAACAAUCUAAUACUCGUGAACGGCGAAAAUAAUUUACAUUUAAAUUGAAUCAAAAAAAUCAACUCUAUAUUGUUGCUAUUAGGUUUCAUCGCGUACUCUCUAUCUAUCUAAUCUGAAUUCACACAAAAGAUUAACAACUACAAAAUUAAUCGAUAUACACAUAAAUGCGCAAAGUUUUCGGUCACAAAAAUUGCUUUAGCUGAUAGUAUCAGGAUGUAAAAUUUCCAGUCAAUAAACAAAUUUUAU